CUGCGUUCAAAGAUCGACAAAGCAAUGGCAGCUCAGGUCCCCACCAUGGCAGUGCCCACCGACGCCCAGCUUAUCCAGGCGCAGGCCGACCUGUGGCGCCAGAGCCUGUGCUUCCUCACGCCCAUGGCACUCAGGUGCGCAAUCCAGCUGGGCAUCCCUACUGCGAUCCACCGUCUCGGUGGCACGACAUCGCUGCCCGAUCUGGUCACCGCACUGUCCCUCCCGCCGUCGAAGACACCAUACCUCGGUCGUCUCUUGCGGAUGCUGGUCACGUCGGGCACCCUGGCGUCUACCGAGGCAGGGGUCUACUGCCUUAACGCGGUAUCGUACCUCCUGGUAGAUGGCAUAGUCGUCGACGGUGAGGCUAGCCAGAAGGCAAUCGUGCUCGCCACGAGCUCACGGCAUUACUUGGAGGCCGCCUUGGGGCUUGCCGACUGGUUCAAGAAGGACGUCCCACCACCAUUGCCGUCGCCAUUUGAGCAUGUGCACGGUGCGGCGCUCUUCGAGGAGAGCAUGGCGCUCCUCGACCCAGAGUCGGACAAGGUGUUCCAUGAGGCUUUGGCCGCCCAUGACCAUCUCGGGAUCGGCACGAUAUUGCGGGAAUGCCAUGACCUAUUCAAGGGACUGGAGUCCCUCACUGACUGUUGUGGUGGCGAUGGAACGACGGCCAGGGCCAUCGUCCAAGCCUUCCCACAUAUCAAGUGCCACGUGUUGGACCUUCCAAAGGUCAUCGAGAAAGCCCCGCCGAGUGAUGCCGUUAACUAUGUCGCCGGUGACCUAUUCCACUCCAUCCCACCCGCUCAAGCUGUGUUGCUCAAGCUUGUUCUGCACUUUUGGAGUGAUGAGGAUUGCAUCAAUAUCCUAGCUCAUUGCAAGAAGGCCAUUCCUUCCCGUGAAAUGGGAGGAAAGGUGAUCGUCAUAGAUAUAGUGGUCGGCUCUGCUUCGGGGACAAUGCUGGAAACCCAAAUGCUGAUGGAUAUGCUCAUGUUGGUAUGUACAAGAGGUAAACAACGGGAUGAAAAUGACUGGGCCGCUAUCUUCACCAAAGCAGGGUUUAGCGACUAUAAGAUUAUCAAUAAGCUGGGAGUUCGAGGUGUCAUCGAGGUAUAUCCGUAAUCUUGUGCUCCAAAUAUUUUGAGGGAGCGGUAUUGUAUCAAGUGUGCUAUAAGAAAUAAAUAAGACAGGCUUCGGUCGAUUUGUAAUGAAAAGUAUGGAACAUCCGAACCGGUGUACGUUACUUUGGUUUCAAGGAGUAUUGUAGUCAGUUAUUGUGA